CCCGCCCGGCGGCGGCGGCGCCGCGCCGCCGGGCACGUUCGGGAAGGCCCAGGCCCAGGCCGCCGUCGCACCCCCGCCGGGCGUCGUCGCGAAGGGGCAGACGGCCCCCGGCGGCGGGCCGGGCCCGCCGGGGUUCGGCGGGAAGGGCGGCAAGGACGGCAUGCCGCCCCCUCAUGGCCUGGGCUCCCCGCCGGCCGCCUUCGGGAAGUUCGGCAAGGGGCAGGACCUGGCGGGCAAGGGCCUGCCGGACCCGGCGGGCAAGGGCCCGCCGGACCUGGCGGGCAAGGGCUCGCCGGCGGGCAAGGGCUCACCAGAGGCGUACGGCAUGCAGGACACGGCGGGCAAGGGCUCGCCGGCAGGCAAGGGCUCGCCGACAGGCAAGGGCUCGCCGGAGGCUUAUGGCAACGACAGGGCGCCGCCUCCGACGCUGAGCAAGGCCGCCCCCAACAGCGGCUUCGCGAACCCGUACUACUCCGGGGGCCAGGACGCGCCCGGCCCCGGAGCCGGGGGCGUCGUCUCCAAGGCCGGCAUGACCAAGGCGGGCAUGAAGGCCCCGUCCGACGCCCGGCCCUUCAACCCGUACGCCGUGCCCGCCUCCUGAGGAGGGUUUCCCGGGCUUCCCUUCCUGGAGCGCGAUUCGGGCGGGCAGACAUGGGGGGUGACCUACCUGAGGGGGUUUCGGGCCCCCUUUUGGCCCCUGCUGGCCCUGUAGGGCCCCUUGUCUUGACCUCCCAUGUGGGUCACCCCGUACUUGCCACCCGCCCGAACGAUCGGUGCGGGUGUCUAGAGCUUACGUCCUCCUGGGCGACGAGGCGGGGCUGCGGCGCUUAUGAUCCCGGCAGCGGCGCGCGGCGCCGCGCGCCCUGCUGAGACGGUGUCGGGCGCCAGCGGCGUCCUUUGUGUUAGCAAAGAGGGCGCCGCGCGCCGCGCCACCUCGCGCACGAGGCC